AGGCCGUUGCUAUGGAACUGUUGAUAAACAUGUCAAAUGUGCCAUAUGAGCUAGUAAGCUCGUUAGCUUAGCUAGUUCGUUUGCCACAAAUGUUCUAUAAGACACAGUAUUAUAUAGCAACAAUUUAACGAAAUACUGAACCAGAAAAGUUAGACCAAUAGUAACGUAUCUUAUCAUUUUGUAAGCGUGUGUGACUGGUUCAUAGACGCUAGCUGAAUUAACAUUACAGCUGACAAUGGCUUACGCACAGCCUCCCAAAAAGACAGGACUGCCACGAGAAGUUCUGAAGUGGCUCCAAAGCCUGGAUUUGUCAUUUUCUCCAAAGAAUAUGCGCAGGGAUUUCUCCAAUGGCUACCUUGUGGCAGAGAUGUUCUCCUGGUAUUAUCAUGAAGACUUCCCCAUGCACUCCUACAACAAUGGGACAUCACUUCCAACCAAACAGGGCAACUGGGCACAAAUAGAGAGGUUUCUAGUGAAACAGAACAUCCAUCUGCAAAAGGACGUUCUGGAUGGGACCAUCCACUGCAAGCCAGGAGCAGCGGAGCUUCUAGUGCAAGAGAUUUACACCAUCUUAACUAACAGGAGGAUCAAAGGGAUCCAGGGCAGGGAGAUUGACUUCACAGACAGGGACUACCAGGACCAGCUGCCCAUGCUAGCUCGGGCCACAGCCUCCAAGGCCAUCAAGAACAACCUGCGGCUGACCGAGGUCAUAGCCGAGCCCAACAUCUCCACCAAUCAGAGGAAGGUGCAGGCCAUCAUCCACAUGCACCUGGAGCAGAGGGCGGCCGAGAGAGUCCAGAACCCCAAGCGCUUCAACGUGAAGCCCACCUUGGGAGAACUGGCCGUGAGACUGCCCCCAUCUUCUCACCACGGAGAUGACAGCUCCGAUAGCAACGCCUCAGUACAAAGUGGAACCGCAAAGUCAUGUGAACCAUCCAUCAGGAGUAAAGCCAGUGUCCAUUUCAAGGAGAUUGAGGUGCGUCAGACGGACAGACGCUCGCUGAUUGCAAUUUAAAAGGCCAGGAUAUUCAGCCGUUUGGUGUGUAUUUGUGAGAGAUGCCUCUGAUACGAUACCUCUAAUAAAAGUACCUUUAUCCCUCUAUUUCUGUAAUAUAAGUACCUCUAUACCUCUAUUCCUCUAAUUAAAAAUACCUCUAUACCUUUAUUCCUCUAAUAAAAGUACCUCUAUACAUUUAUUCCUCUAAUAAAAGUACCUCUAUAUCUCUAUUCCUCUAAUAAAAGUACCUUUAUCCCUCUAUUUCUGUAAUAUAAGUACCUCUAUACCUCUAUUCCUCUAAUAAAAGUACCUCUAUACCUUUAUUCCUCUAAUAAAAGUACCUCUAUACCUUUAUUUCUCUAAUAAAAGUUCCUCUAAAUCUCUAUUCCUCUAAUAAAAGUACCUUUAUCCCUCUAUUUCUGUAAUAUAAGUACCUCUAUACCUCUAUUCCUCUAAUAAAAGUACCUCUAUACCUUUAUUCCUCUAAUAAAAGUACCUCUAUACCUUUAUUUCUCUAAUAAAAGUUCCUCUAUAUCUCUAUUCCUCUAAUAAAAGUACCUUUAUCCCUCUAUUUCUGUAAUAUAAGUACCUCUAUACCUUUAUUUCUCUAAUAAAAGUUCCUCUAUAUCUCUAUUCCUCUAAUAAAAGUACCUCUAUUCCUCUAAUAAAAGUACCUCUAUACCUAUAGUCCUCUAAUAAAAGUACCUUUAUUCCUCUAAUAGAAGUACCUCUAUGAACGAAUACAAGUACAGCAGUUCUCAAUGACUAUCUUGCAAGAUAUUACCUUAGGGGUGUUGUUACUAGUUAUUCACUAGUCCAUUCGUUACAUUACUUCAACCAUUAGUAGUUGCUCUAAAACUACAAUUUCACGGGGUUACCAGUAGGUGGCGGUGCUGUGUCUGGUUUAUAAUCAUGGGUGAGGCAGGUUGAAAACCAAAGCACGAUCAACGGUCGUUUUGAUAAAUGCAUUCUGUAUUACAGAUAUGUGCUUUUCACAAAUGUCUGUUAACAUUACAGUUAUUUCCUUUACAGCAGUGACUAACAAUGGACAAUAUAUUGUCUGCUCAUCUCUUCUGCCUGUAAAUUCCCUCAUUUCAGGUAGGGUCCUGUAUACAGUGUUAGGUAAUAUGCUUGGUGCAUCCAUCUCAACAUCACGUUAAUAAUGACUAGAUUGUUGUGACUGACUGGGUUUGAACCCAGGUCAUCUGCACAUCACAAAACUAUCUUAGCCAGCUGAGCUAAACCCUAGGAUCCUUUGGGAGUUAACACAAGUCUUCAGGUAUCGGACAUGGUUAAUUACCACCUCUCUGCCAUAUUACACUGGCUCAGUUUCAGCUAAUGAAGGAUGGGAAAUGCAAUAGCUUUUGUGUGAUGAAAGAUCCCUAAUGUCUUAUUUCACCAGCAUUUAGAUAUUGUGCAUCAUACACCAGAUGAAAACCGUAAGGUCCAGAUAUUGUGUUCUUUGUUUGCACAGCUCAUAUAAUUCCACCUCUGAGAACUUUACAAUGAUGUGCAGAUCAUUUCCUCUUUUCCUUGCACCUGUGAUAAGACACAGUAAUGUCACCUUUAUAAUACAAUGAAAGCAGCAUUUAGAUAAAGGAUCCCAAACACACAGCACAUGGCCUGCAACAUAACCAUGCUUCCAAUUAUCAGGAAGGUAUUUUCUUUACACAACUGAUUGGAAAAGAUCAUAAGCUGAUCUGAUCUUUUAACUGUCAGGUCUGG